AUUUGUUCCGGAAGUGAUGUCAAUUUAACAACAAGCUUUUUGUUUAUAUUAUUUUCUUUGAAAGAAAGGUGUUAAAACACUCUUUGAGGUACCGUACUUGAGCCUGUCUUUACUCUCUGUGUGUAUGUAUGUUUUCAAGUGUAUGUAUUGGUACUAACAAUGUUAUAGCUUUGUUUGUGAGAUUAAUUAAUGUUAUAGAAAUGUGAUCAAAGUCAAAGAUACGUGGUCAGGACUCUGCUGGAGGAUAACUGCACUGAACUGCACUUCAAUAAUAUAGACUUGAAUAACUGGAUGCUAAAAUUUUUAAAACGUUUUGAGGCUCGCUGUUUAUUACUAAUAUUUAGUUUAGGUACUUAUUAUGACUUAGUUUUAUUAAUUAUUUAUAUUAUUCGGAGCCUAAUAAUAAUUUUACCUGGUUCUAUCAUGUAAUUCUUAUUAUUAAAAUUAAAUUAAAAAUAGGUGAGAGUGUGAGUGAGAUAAUUUUAAUUAAUAUUCACGGUUUCACGCAUCGACAUGGUCUCUACUUUAACUGAGGACUGAACUGAAACCGAUGAAGGUACCCCCACACCAAAUCAAGGUUGACAAUCUGUAGCAUGUCUGAGUUUUUGUCUUAUAGGCCUAAUUUAUAAUACAACUGAAUUACUACUAUAAAUUAUUAAUCAUUUUGAUUACAAAAUAAAUGGCCAUAUUUUUACUUCUCUCUCUUUUUAUUAUUUGAUUAUUAAAUUUUUUUUAUUAAAGCCAGAGACUAAUUACAAAUUCACUAAAUAAAUAAAAGACUUGUGGUAUACAAUCGAGCUUACACACACAUAUACUCACUAGAAUCUCCACAUCUCAUCCAUAUAACCUGCAGGGAAUAUACCAUUAAUCAUAUUAUUAUAAAUAAUAUAAUACCUAUAUCAUUAAUCAUAUUAUUAUAAAUAAUGUAAUACCAUAUUAUAUUUAUUGAAAACUAAAUACGUUUGAAAAAAUUUCCAGAAACUGCCAUGGGGUCUGAUCAAAGCUCAUUACCUGCAGGAGCACCAGGCAGUAAUUUGCGGUCUCAAAGAGAUGAGGAAAUUCCUUAUACUCAAUACUCGAUCAGUAAACCAAUAGAUUCACGUAAGUGUUAUAAGGUCAUAAGUUUGGAUAUGUAUUUUAUUUAAGUCUGCAUAUCAUGUUGUUGGUAAAUGUUAGUUCAGCACACCACUCAUAUCCCAAAGCCUCCAUCUUGGUUGCCAUGACAGCAGGUGUGUAAAAAAAUAAAUUAAAAUAAAACGUAGUGCAAACACAGGUCUGCUAAAGUGGGGAGAGGAAAGAGAGAGAAUGUGCUGUUUUACAUACUUGCAGAGAGAAACGAAAAUAGGAAUGAAGCAUUAAAGUUUAAUGAAAUAAUUUUUUGAGAAAUACCUUCAAUCAUAAACUCUGCUACUCUACCAAACCCAAGUAUUAAGUCAAUAAGAUAAGAUAAUAUUCUUUUAUUGAUCCAAACAAAUGGAAAUGUUUUAUUGCUUACUCAAGCGUAAAUUCCACCAUAAAUUUUGCCCCCCCUUAUGUAGCAACUUUAUUGUAUCCCUCUAGACGUGCUGCAAGAAGUGUCAAGUUACAUACGUUAGUGCGAAAAGUUUAAAAAUGAAGUAAAACAAUACAAAAUUAUUUUUAAAUUAUAAAAACCCAACUUACAGUUUCAUAGAAUACACAUUUACACACUUUUUAUUGCAGAUUGCACCAGUAAUAAAAUUCAAAAGUUAGAAAAAUCAAUACCCAUUCAAAGAUGUUGAAAAAAUUGAGCCUUGGUUUAAAUCUCAUUUUAAAUAUUAUAAUAAACCAUCGAAUGAAAUAUUACAUCGGCGUAUUAAUAUUAAAAAAAGAAAAGUUAACUCUUGUAACAAUUUAAGAGUAAACAAUGGGGAAAGAAUUCUAGAAAGAAACUCAAAGUUGUGGGCCGAAUUAACAUAAGCCCCUACUGUUAUAUAAUUUUCUAGGCUUGUAAAAGUAAACUGUUUGAUCAAAAUAAAUUCUAAAUACAGGCUUUCUUGUAUCAUCAAAAUUUUAUAUUGUGUUUGCUUUUUAAACCAGAUUCGCCCAGACAAUCCCCUCGACCCCACAAGACACACAAGCCUGUUGUUAAACAAGAAAAAGAUGGCACCCCUAAGCAUGAAAUUGUUGUAGUCGCAGAUGGGCUCAUACCAAUCAAAGACCCUGACCCUGAGCUGACCAAAUUAAACACAAUUCCAGUAUUUUUCCCAAUUUUGAGAGGCUCCCUAAAUAUUCCGGUGGGCAGUAAAGAGGUUGAUGUUCUGGACAAAUUAGACCACAAACAGGUUAGUCUGCUUAAAAGAAUAAAACUAGUUUUAAAAACAAUGACUGAGUCAUAGAUUUAUUUGUAAUUUCUACUGUAAAGUAAUUAAAGCUGUGUUCCACUAAAUUUGGAAAUUUAUAUAAUUACAAAAAUUCAGCAAGGCCUAACUAAGCCUGUGACCAUUUAAUAAAAUUUAUAUCAAAUUCAGAAAAUAUUUUAAUAAUAUUGUAAAAUUUCAUAAAAAUAUCAUGUUUUUGGAUCAAGUCAAUAGUUAUAUCACUGAAUAUCAGUUAUUAUGUAGAAAAAAAAUUAUUAUUUGAAAUGAAAUUUUGCCAAAAUUUGGAUUUUAAAUUGACUAAAAACACUAUGCAUCUGCUAUAAAUCUGGAAAUUUCUGUUUAUUUCUUUUAAUUAAAAUUUUACUCUAAUAAAGUAUUCUAUAGCUUUAUGGAGUUGAAUCCUAUUGUAUUUUCAGUUAUUACUUCUGUGCUUGCGAUACCAGGACCAUCUACGUCAGCUUGCUGAAGCUGUAGCUUUUGAUCAGAAUGCACUUUGUAUAAGAAUUAAAGAGGUGAUCUUACAUACUCUUCUCAUUUUUUAAUUCCAUUUUUUACCCCUUUUAAUCAAAGCAAUUUUGGGAUGCUAUCAAUCCUAUUUACUUUUUUGAAUUCAUGGCAAUAUUUUUGUGCCGAACAUUGCCUAAAACCUGCUGCUCUUUACACUUUACGUGUCUGGCACAAAUUGGUUAGUAGGUGAAUUGUUUCAUAAUCUAGGUAUUAAUACCUUAAAUCACCUGAUUUCAGGUUCAUCACUGUUAACAUUCAAAAUAAAAAAAAAACAAAUUAUAUUUAAUUGUUUAUAGGCAAACUUUUAUUAAUACCUGUCCAUAUUGUUUAUUUUCUUAAACUAAGAAUUAGCUAAAAAAAAAAGACACCAAGUAUUUAUCAUUAUUGAACACUAAAUUUUAAUAUUUUUUCUUGUUUUUUCCAGAUGGACCACACAAUUCAUGUCCUGAUGAACACACUGGUAGAGAGACAGAAAAGGUACAGUAAAUAUGUUGAACAGUUUGGAAGGGUUUCAGAAACAUUGACAACCUUGAAAAAAAUUCAAAAGUCUAUGGAAGAUAUCGUACCAAAAAUGGAUAUUCUCAACAGGUUGCUGCCCACGUCAGAGCAGUUGGAGCCAUUUUCAUCAAAAACAGAAAGAACCAUACAAAAAUCAUAAACUAUUGACAUUAAUUGUGAUUUUAAUUAUUUUUAUUUAUUUGACAUUUCUUGAAUGUGAUAUCCCUUUAUUCUAUUGUAUAUUAGUUUAACUAGUCCUUCAUUUAAUGAAAAUAUUUGUAUGAAAAAUAAAUUGAUAAUAAUUAGAGUUAGAAUUUGUUUGCCAAAAUUGACAGUGUAGAAAAAUAUAUAAUAAACAAGAUAUAGAUGUGUAGAUUUAAGCCCAAAGCACUAAUGCAAUUGUUGCUGUGGUUAUCAAAAAAAUAAAAUUGUCAUGUUCAUCAUCUGGCCCAAACGUGUUGUCCAUGGUGGUGAUUAGAUGAUAAUUAAAUGAAAACUGCAUGCAAGCUGUGUGAAGGAAAUAGUAGAACAAGGUAUGAGGAAGCUUGAAAUAGAAAGACAGGACAAUAAAAGAAGAAUGUUUUGGCUAAGAGCCUUCCUAAGAUUAGAGGAUUCCGUGCAAUGAAAAGUAGGAAAAUGGUUUGUCAUCAUUAAAACUUCUUUUUGAACAUAACAAUUUAAGCAAAAAAAAAGCUCUUGUUUGUAUUAGUAGUUAUUUGCUUUGGUCAUUAAAUGCACAAAAACAUUGCAAAUCCCCUCUACAUACAUAGGAGCCAAAAUGAUCAAUACAUUGAUCGUUGGCCCUUACUAUAUAGAAAAAGAUGAAAUGCAGCAUUACUAGAAAGCGAUGGAAACUUGUGUUUCAUAUACCUGUUAUAAUAAAGUAGCACUGAAUGUUUGAGAGAUCUGUAAGCAUAAAAAUAAAUAUUUAGUUUACAUCACCUACGUCUAGACUUGAACAAUGAUCAGAUGAAUGAAGUUCCUCUUAUUAAUUCAUAUCAGUGUCAACACUCCGAGUUAUGUGCUAGAAAUUGUAAAGCUUAUUUUGCUUUGCAUAUAAAGCUUUCAAUUCAUCAUCACAGUUUGCUUUUCAUAUAAAAAAAAAAUAUUGUACCUUUUUUAAAUUUAAUCAUGAAAUGGACUGCAUCAGCAUAAUCCAUAGUACGAUACAAUCAUCAAAAUGUAAAUAUUUUUUAAUGUUAUUCUUUUGUUACGUACUUUGGUAAUUUUUUAUUUAGCAUUUAACAUUAAAUUGUAUAGAUAUCAUAAGUUGAUUUCUGUCGCAUGUUUACUGCUCAUGUUUGAGAUUGAUGAAUUUAAUUUGGUUACAAUUAACCAGGUUUUACUUCUGCUAUCAAGUUAUUUGAUGUUUUCAAUUGAAAGGGUUGCUGUUAAUUGUACUAAUCAUUAUCAAGAAUUACAUUAGUUUCACAUUGCUCAAAAUAAACAAUAUUUCCAUGAAAAAAAACACCAUAUUGUACUUGUACCCUGCUUUUUUUAGAUUUUCUUACAUUGUAAAAAUUGAACUGUUUAAAAAUCAACAAUCUAGUGCACAUAACAAUAUGGAGAAUACAACUUAGGCAUUAUUGCAUUGAAGGAUGUGUCUGUUUGUUUUAAUGGGCCAAAAGGAAUCAUUUAAAAUGAUUUGAUCAAACCUAAUAUUAUAAUUGUGUUGUUAAAGACAUUAGCUUGAUGUUCAUUACAUUUCCAUGCUAUUCUUAGUUUAUACCACACAAACAGUGGAAAUAGUUUUUCUCUUUAGUUGUUGUAGCUUUAUGGAGAUAUCUGGGACCAUUCAUAUAUUAUUUGAACAUAUUAACACACAUUGACCAAUAUUAACAAUACACUCACCACAUACAACACAUUUACUACAAUUAUACUAGGCAUGAAUGCAACAAAUUUCAUUUCAUUGGUCAAACACAAGCAUGGGACAUUUGCUUGAAGUCUAAAUUAGCAUUUUUAUGACCUUGUUUUUCAAUACCAUAAGUUUGGUAUUCUGUAUAUAUUAAAUAAACCUUGACACUACGUGUAAGAGGAGACAGUUUGUGUCUUUCAAAGUACUUAAGCUUUAUCUUGGUUAAAACUUCGUUUAAUUUUCUAUUGGGACAGUUGUGUACCAAUUUUUCUUUCAGCAGUUGCAAACUAGGACUAAAAAAUAAUUGUGUGCGUAAGCCAGAUGAGAGUUUCAUUUCCACUGGUGUUGGAAUGUAAACAUUUGACCCCAAAAAAACCAAGAGUAUGUUGGGCAAGACAACAAAAAUUUCCAUGCAUUUAUGUUGUGUAAUUAAAUUUGAGCUUUGUUUUUAUUUUUGUCCCAUUUCUGUUGACUAAUAAAACAGAAUAAUC